GACGCCCGUCUCAUUUUGACUCUGUGAUCGGUCUUGCAGAUCAUCGGAUCAAUCAUCCUCCGACCCGCCCCCGCACCGUCACCGCCGUGCGCGCAGGCGGUCCUCUUUCUUGCAUCGUCUUCUUCUCACAGUACAGUAAUGCUGCUCUACAUACCAUGAGUCCCUCAGAAGGCACAGGCUGAGCCAUGCUAGAAAGCCGGGACUGAGUCACACAUGAGGUGAGCCCAUCGUAUUCGAGCAUCAGCUGCAGUACAUGAGGCACGAGAAUCUGGACUUUUGUUUCCGCUAGACUGAGGGCAACACUAAGUGGACAUGUACAUGCGUCGUCACACUUGCUGGCUGGACGUUCGGACACGUACGAAGUCAUCGUGGAUGUGUACGAAGGGGGAGUAUUUAGGCUUCGAGCAUGACAUCGUGCCGGCGCUCUCAAUCGCAAGCCAUCUGCUUCCGGAGAGACAACUCACUCUCCUGUCAAUGUCAUGGACACAACGAGGACGGCGAAACACCGGAACUUGCUCGUCGAACGUCGUAUUCAAUACGAUACCCUCUCACCCACCGUCGGCCGCGACGAUUCUCUGUACCGUCUUCAGAACACCGCUCAAGAGUCAUUGGUGCCCUAGGAUGCACGCGCAGCAGGUGCAGAUCCACUGUCAGUGGUCCGAACACGACGUGCAAACCACCUGUCUGUUCUUCGCUCUCACAGGUUCCGGUUCAUCGAUGCGUAGCCGUCUCGAAAGCGGCUGUUUCUAUACGUUCAGCCUCUGCCUUCUGACGCACGGGCGCAGGGUAUCGGCCUUAAGUUUGCCCCCUUCGUGUUCGGUCAUCUGCUGGGCAUCUGCAGUCAGCCGGUGCUUCACAGAUGCGCGUACGUGCGGUGUCUGGUCAACGCCCAACGGUAGCUCAGAUCUCAGCGCUGACCGAAAAGUGCUUCGGUGUUGGACGAGAAAAGCGCGUUGGAGUGCUAUUUGCGAACUACCCGUCCUUUUUCCCUCAUGAAACCUCCGUGUACAUAAGGUUUCGACGACACCUCGGCUGUGUCAAGAUACAGCGUUGCUGAGGUACGUCGAAAGGCUCGCAUCUGUCGUAAUCAAUGUCUGGGUGGCCCUACUGCAUGGACGCAAUCAAACCAUCAUUCACCUCUCAUCUCUGACACACCUCGGGAGCUCGUUAUAGUAAUAUACAAACCCAGUGUUCACGAUGGAGAUGAGCCAGGCACGAUACUAUAGCAACAGCGGGUUCGCGGCGAUGGUGUCGCUGCGAUUGAACUACUCAACUAGCAGUCCUUUCAGGUCUGAUCGACGCUGUCACAUCAAUACCGAAUGGUGAUCAAUUCU